AUGUUCCUCAUGGAGUAUAUAAAAAAACCGUCAAGAAGACGAUAUCAAUUCAGAAUCAUCCACAAGAUGAAGUUCAUUGCCUCUUUCUGCCUUCUGAUUGCUGUCAUUUCGGCUUUGCCUCAGAUUGACAUCACAAAUGGGCAGGCGAAGCAAGCUCACCAUAAUCAUCAUGAUGUAAGUUUUGGCUGUUUUGGAAUUCUUACAGGAGGUUUUAGAACAGCAAGCCGGUUAGUGCAGGAGAAUCGCCAAAGCACAAACUCUUUGGAAACCUGUCUAAAUCACCAACCUCCGAUUUGUUCCUUCACAUGCUCAAGUAUGUUAAUGUCACUGGUGAUGGGUUUGUGAAGAGCUUGGAGAACGGACAAGUAGAGCACCACAAAAAGUUGGACAUUGACCUCAUUUUGAAGAGAAACCACUACAUCAUCAACCAAACUCUUCAUCUUGUUGAUACCAAGGUGAGAAUAUGCUAUAUCGGAUAUACUGUGUAUCGCGAAUGUUUUCUUUCGUUUGAUUAGAAAGUUCCGGCUUAUUUUGCAUGAGUUUUAGGUCGCACGCGAAGAGAAGAUCCCAGCCCUCAUGAUCCUCGCUGAAUACUACCUUGUUGCCGAAGAUUACACCCGUGAUGCAUACGAAGACAAAUUCGAAGAGUACAUUGACUUUCUGGUCGAACUGAAGAAGAUCCUCAGACACAGUGUUCCAUUCAACGAGUUGAACUACUUUGACGCUCAAAUCGACAUCUUGUUGAAGGCCAGAGGCAACUUGGACUUCCCGGUGGAGAAUUAA